AUGGCACCUCCUCCAGUCCCGUUAUUAAAGCGUGCUGGCGGGGCUCCCCAGCCCAUUCACCCCCACCCUACACGACAGAUCCAAAGAUCCCACUUCCCUCCUCCUCCUCCUCCUCCUCCUCACCUCCCUCUCUUCCACACCCGCCAUGCAGAAGAAAGCGCAGAGAGGCCUCAUCUGGUCACCAUCAUCCGGCCGUGUGGUCAAAGUACACUACGCAAGGUAACAGUCCUGUUGAACCGUAGAGGUGUGGUGUCCUUCGAGCAGCUGCUAUUGGAUAUCUCUGAGGCGUUGGGGUUUCCUCGCUGGCACAGAGCCAGAGUCACACGCUUGUACACGACUCAUGCACGAGAGGUGAAAGGUGUAUGUGAUUUCUUUCGAGGCGAGGUGGCCUUCCUAGCGCUGGGGAAGGCUCGUCCAGAGCUGAGCGAUGUGCAGGAGGCUCUGGAGGAGCUGUUUCCAGAACUUACCCAUUACCGGGCCGACGCGCUACAGGCCUGGGAGAAAAGACUUCGUCCAGCGCCAGAUAAAGCAGCUAAGGCCGACAGUGGAUACAGUGAGGGGACAGACACUAGCAAGACACAAACCAACCAAGAGACUCACCAGGACACAAAUACACAUGUCAAAAAUCAUGCUAAUACUCAGACAAGUACUCAGCCGCCUCACUAUGUAGACACACACCAGCCUGAAAAUUACAACUCAGAUGUACGUAGGUGUCAUAAAAAGAAUUCAUGCAGAAAACCUGCUCAACUGCCGAACCACCUGCAGAGGCUGCAUGUAAGGGGCGGGGUCAGAGAGCCACAGCCUUCUGUCAUUGGUCCAUUUAAACAUGAGGAGAGUCUUAGAGAAGCAGACAUACCUUCUCCUACACUGUGUGAAGACUGCUUAGAAAGGAGAGUUAAACAUCAGGGUCCAGAGCGGCUCAAUCUGCUGUCAGGGAGGAUCCCACUUCCUCCUGUGUCGAGGAAGCAAAAAGGAAGUUCAUACACAGAACAGGAAGUGAGAAAAUUGUACGUUCAAAUCAGCCCACCACCUCCUCAGCCAAUCAGCAGAGAUGAGGAGAAGAGUGUCGCCCAAUUCAUUUCAAAUCCACUUCCGAACGUGGGGGAAAUACACAAGGACAUUCAGCAGAGGACGACCUUUGACCUCCCCUCAGAUGGCAGUGAUGUCACCCUGGCAGAUAUCGAGCAUUUCUAUGAAAUAGGACGCGUGGUUGGAGACGGCAACUUUGCGGUGGUGCGAGAGUGUUGCCGUCGUGACAACGGACAAACCCUCGCCAUGAAGAUUAUCGAACGCUCCAAGCUGAUUGGUCGGGAGCACAUGAUGCAGAACGAGCUGAGCCUUCUGGGUAGCCUCUGUCACCCACGCAUAGUGCGUCUGUUUGCGCACCACCACACACACACUCACUCCUACCUGGUGAUGGAGCUGGUGAGGGGGGAUCUGUUUGAGGCCAUCAGUGAGAGGGGGAAGUUUCCAGAGGCAGAGUCAGGACUGAUGGUGUCAGAUGUGAGCGAAGCGCUUAACUACAUCCACUGCAAAAGCAUCGUACACCGAGACCUGAAACCAGAAAACCUACUGAUAGAGCAUGUGGCAGCUGGCCUCUGUAGGCUGAAGUUGGGAGACUUUGGUCUUGCCAUGGUUGUGACUGAACCAGUCUUCACCAUAUGUGGCACACCCACGUAUGUAGCCCCAGAGAUUCUCUGUGAGACAGGUUAUGGUGUUGCGGUUGACGUUUGGGCUCUGGGUAUUAUUCUCUAUAUCCUGCUCUGUGGAUUUCCCCCAUUUCGCAGUCGGGAUCGAGACCAGGAAGAGCUGUUCCAGCUAAUAAAACAUGGACAACUCCACUUCUUGUCCCCCUACUGGGAUCCCAUCUCAGAAGAAGCCAGAGGCCUUGUCAGAGCUCUGCUUCAGCCUGAUCCCACAGUGAGGCUGACAGCGGAGCAGACCUUGUUGCAUCCCUGGGUGAAGGCUAUGGCUUCAAUUUGCAGGCAGAGGGUGCUCAUGGACAAAACCCAGUGUGACACAGCAGAUACUGGAGCAGAACCAGACAAGACCAGACUAGUCCAGAGACUUGCCCAGACCAAUGCAGCCAAAGCAGUGCCAGAGGAAACACCAAGACAAACCAGCAGCGAGGUAGAGGUCACGCAGAAGGAGUUCAGUAGGCGUGAUGAGAGACGAACUAAGAUGAACACAGAAAGAGGACAAGAUGAAGAUGAUCCACCACGACAACAUUCAGAAGAGAAAACUUCAGAGGCCACACCUGGUCAACAGAAACCAGAGUCCACCUCUAUAGACUCUGGCUCACCCAGCAGGGAGCCCAGCAGGCCAGAAACACAGGAUCCAGGUCUCACAGACCCAAGUGUUGAACUCAACCAGCUCGGUGUCCCCCAAGCCCAAACGCAAAGAACCCCAAUGGGUCGCUCAACGCAAUAUCACCCAUCCUCCGACCAAGCAGCUCUUUCAUCUCACCCUCUCCAUCAGCAAAACUUCAUAUCUCCUCUUCACAGCCCUACCACAGCCGACGCCCACAACCACAAAGCCCAAAACCGGGAGCCGAACGUUCACACCACCGCCACCCAUCCACCCACUCAGUCUCCACCUCACUGUCAAUCUCCUGUUUAG